GGGCGUUGGGCGGGACUUGAGAGAUUACGGGCCUCCGCGUUGACGCGCAGGUCCCGCUUGGAAGCCGUCGUCAUGGUGGCCCCCGUGGUGUAUCUGGUGGCGGCGGCUCUGCUUAUCGGCCUUAUCUUCUUCCUGACUCUCAGACGAGGCCGGGCGGCAGCAGCUGGCCAAGAGCCACCGCACAAUGAAGAAGGGCCAGUAUUAGCAGGCCGAGUGGCCCAGCCUCGAUUCCUGGAGUCUGAGGACCCAAGAGUUGGGGGUAGGCCUCGGCGCCGCAGAGACCUGGGCAGCCGCCUGCAGGCCCAGCGUCGAGCCCAGCAAGUGGCCCGGUCGGAGACAGAUGGGAAUGAGGCAGAGGCAGUCAUCCAAGCCCAAGAGGAAGAAGACAUCGAGAAGCCAGUAGAAAGUCACCUAUCAGGGAAAAUUGGAGCCAAGAAACUACGGAAGCUGGAGGAGAAACAAGCACGAAAAGCCCAGCGUGAGGCAGAGGAAGCUGAGCGUGAGGAGCGGAAACGCCUUGAGUCUCAACGUGAGGCAGAAUGGAAAAAGGAGGAGGAGCGGCUUCGCCUAGAGGAAAAACAGAAGGAGGAAGAGGAGAGGAAGGCCCGGGAGGAGCAGGCCCAGCGGGAGCAUGAGGAGUACCUAAAACUGAAAGAGGCCUUUGUGGUGGAGGAGGAGGGUGUGGGCGAGAACAUGACCGAGGAACAGUCCCACAGCUUCCUGACAGAGUUUAUCAACUACAUUAAGCAGUCCAAGGUUGUGCUCUUGGAAGACCUGGCUUCCCAGGUGGGCCUACGGACUCAGGACACUAUAAACCGCAUCCAGGACCUGCUGGCUGAGGGGACUCUGACAGGUGUGAUUGACGACCGGGGCAAGUUCAUCUACAUAACCCCGGAGGAACUAGCUGCUGUGGCUAACUUCAUCCGACAGCGAGGCCGGGUGUCCAUUGCCGAGCUUGCCCAGGCCAGCAACUCCCUCAUCACCUGGGGCCAGGAGCCCCCUGCCCAGGCCCCAGCCUGACCUAGCCCUUCCCUCUUGGACUCAGAGGUGGCACAGCCUACCUGAUCAUACAUCUUUAUCCCUUCCCACCAUCCUGGGACAGUGAUGGAAUGUGGCCAGGCAGUUGUAGAUUAAAGGCCUGUGAGCACUGCUGA